AUGCAUUUAGAGAAAUUACACUCACACGAUAUGUCCGGUCGACACUCGCGAAAUCUUAGCGCCUCACUUUACGUUCGUGGCCUUUCGGAAAAAGUUCGCUACGAAGAUCUGAAGAAAAUCUUUGGAAGAUAUGGUCGUAUUGUUGACAUUACGCUUCCAUUAGAUUACUACACCCGAGAUGCAAAGGGAUUUGGCUUUGUUGAAUACGAAGAAAGUCGUGAUGCCGAGGAAGCUCGACGUGCACUUGAUCGUUAUCGACUAUUAGGACGAGAACUCGAAGUUGAAUUUGCACGAGGCGAUCGUAAAACACCAUCGGAAAUGAGAGCUCGAGAAAAGGAAGCGCGUCAUGGUGGUCGGGGUGGUGAUCACGACCGGCGCGAUCGAUCUCGAAGCCGUGAUCGUCGUCAACGCAGUGGUUCGCCAGUUGGCAGAGAUCGACGCCGAGGCGACAGUCGAUCACGUUCGCCGUAUUCACGUUCUCCCGUACGACGACGGGAAGGUAACAGUCGUUCUCGAUCGAAAUCCAAUUCACCCAAUUAUGGUAAACGCAAUGGUGCAGGAAGCAGCAGCGGUGGUGGUGGUGCUCGUCGUCUAAGUCGAUCACGAUCGCCUGCAGAUAACUGA